CGCCCCGGACCCGCCUGCGCCUUAUCACCGCCUGCGCUCGCACCGCGCCGCGCUCCCUGCCGGCUCCUCCGCGGCCAUGGGGACCCUGGGGACCCUGCGGACCCUGCUCGCUCUCGGCGCUCUGCUCCUGGCGCCCGCCGAGGCCCAGCAGGGGCGCCAGCUGAAGCCCUGGCUGGUGGGCCUGGCUGCCGUCGUGGGGUUCCUGUUCAUCGUCUUCGUCCUCAUGCUGGCCAACCGCGUCUGGUGCUCCAAAGUGAGAGCUGAGGACCAGGAGGAGUCCGCUAUCAGGCUGGAGCCCAACGUGUACCAGGAAAUAGAUCCGAGUAAAGAAGGCAAGAAGGGCAAGAAACAGAAGGAGAAAAAGGCCAAGAAGACAGGAGAAACCAACUUGGGGCUGGAGGAAGAGGGGCCCAGAGACCACGAGAAAAACAAGAACACGGCCAUGUGAAGACUCCCCACUCGCCUCCUCCAGGCAGCCCUCCAGACAUGCCCCUCCCCACCCUAAAGGAAUGACCUGGACCUGAAGCCACCGAAAUGACUCCAUCUGGGGUUGAGAACACAGCGCCCCGAAUGAAGAGGCUUGGGACUCACCCCGCCCCUCAAGGAGAGCUCUCUGCGCCUUACACGGUCCUUAUGCACCCUCCUUCUAAUUCGUCCUGCCUGGUGAUUCUUCCCGCACUUGGAGCGUGUUCCUCAUUACAGAGAAACCCCCCAAACCCCCCAAUCUGAUGGCUCCACCUUCUUCUCCCCACUGCCUGAUUUCUUUUCCCUCCGCCUGAUAUCUAUUGGUCACAAUCUCCUCCCUCCCAUGAAACCUCAGGACCAAGACCGGCCAGGGGCUGCCUCUUGGGGGCCUGCAUUAAAGAAUUGAUAAGAGCCCUCCG